AAAUGACUGGUUUUAUGGGAUUCAAAGGAGAGUGUGAGAGAUGAUACUACUGUCUCAUCUGUUCUGCUUCUUCCUGUACUUCUCAAGACUGAGAUUUGGACAUAGUGGGCUUAAUAGUAUAAUACAGACGAAUGUGAAUAUUGUGGGAAAGAAGAGACACCAGAACACGUCAUGUUACACUGUCAGAAAUAUGGAAACAAAGAAGGGACAAAUAAAAAUGUUAGAACAACUAGGCUAUUUGAGAGAAUAUAAUCUAUUUAUUAAAAAAAAAGAAGAAGAAAACUAGACUCUGGACCUACACGCCUUACCAGUUGGUGGCGGUAGUGCACAAUUUUGUUGUUUGCCAUUCGCCAAUAAACCUGAGGAGCAAGAAGGGCUGUUUAACGGACUAACAGGACUGUGUAGGCAGUUCCAGUCAGGAUGGAGCAGGUGGAGAAGGACAGGGAUUUGGUGUCCGAGCUGAAGAGACAGGUGGAGAAUGAAGGCCUGAACCUGGAGCAGAAAAUCAACCUCCUCAACAGCGGCUUGAACAAGUGUCUGAACAUGGCGGCAGUACAGACAGAUGGCAGCGUGUUGACCCGUGUAAAGUCUCAGUUGUAUGAGAGCGGAGUCCUGAACCACUGUGUCCUUAUCCUCGCUCUGGAUCCCAGAAGGCUGCGGGGCAACUGGAGCGCUGCUGCCACACUUGCCCAGGUCACCAGUUCCUGUUGUGUUGGGGUGGAUCCUGGUGAACAGUCAAAGGCCUUUCAUAGGCUCUUCCUGCCAUCAGUCAUGGAUGGCCUCCUGUCAUUGGCCAGUCAGCUGACUAGGCAAGCAGAGUGUCUGUCUCUAUUCAGGAAGGUGAUGGAUUCAGUCAGCUGGCUGCUCAGAACUCACACACAGCUCAUCGCACAGGUUCUCAGCUCUGUUCAUUAUGAGCAGAUCCAACUGUGUGAUGAUUCCACUGUCUCUCUGAUCUGUGUCCAGCUGUGGAUCCAGUCCUGCACGACCAGCAGGGACUUCCUCUCUGGCUUGAGUGAUGACUUUGUCCUCUUGCUGCUUAACGAGGCUGUUGGCCAGUUAGCUGUCAGCUCUGAUUCUGCGGUGGGCGGGGCCUCUGUCAGACUGAUCCUCCUCAUGUCCAGUCAGCUGGGCCUCCGACUCCAUCCCCUGCUCCUUAGCUUCAGAGGUCUGGACAGCCUGCUGGACAAAGACUGGAGGGGACAUGGCUUUGACAAGGACGUGGAUCAGCUGAUCACACUCAUCCAAUCUGACAAAGGCACAAGUCACUCCCAGGUGGGUACUGAGCAUGAGCGGGCAGCAUGUGUGAUCCAGGCAGCAUGGAGGUCAUAUCAGACCAGACGCAGGGUGAAGAGUCUCAACAGAGCUGUCAGCACCCUGCAGAGGAGAUACAGGGCUCGGAGGAGGCAGCAGCAGCACCAGAAGGAAGCGCAGCAGUGGGAGGAGGAACUGAGGUACCAGGUGUGUGUGAGACGUCAGCGAGCGAGGAGGGAGUUUCACCAAAAGCAGAGACAUCUGCUGCAGCUUCUGCUACCCGACCAGGUGCAGUCGUACCUGCAGGAGUGUGAGCGUCAUGCAGCCGUGGUGAUCCAGAGCUUCUGGAGAGGCUUCAGAGAGAGACGACGCUACAACGACACACGGCAACGCACACUGAGACGCACACAGACACAGCAGCAGGCUGCCAGGGUGCUGCAGAGAGCGGUGCGGCACUUUCUGCAAAAAUGUCGAGCAGCGAAGCGCCCGCCCUUUACGCAAUUCUGGAUUGGUCAGAAGGGUUUGACAGACAGUCGGAGGGUGGAGCUAAAGAGACAGGUGGAGGAAUACAUCACUGUGCAUCCUUCAUCCCGUGUGUCUCCUGAGGAGUGUGAGCGUCUCCAUGAGGAGGUGCAGCUGCUGCUGCUGACAGAGCUGCAGAGAGGAGAGCAGCGGAGGAGGGAGGAGCAGAGGAGAGAAGCUCUGCUGGCACACACACGCACACAGCUGGAGAUGCUCAGAGAUGCCCCGCCCCUUUCUGCUGUCACAGUAACGGAUGCAGAAUCCUUCCUGACACCCUCGGGUCCCAUCGCUGCUCAUGCCCGUGACGCCCACAAUGCAACGCUGCAGGCGAGCCGGCUCCCCUGGUGGAGGACGCUGGGAAAGACAGUUGACGUGUUUAGCCCCACCCACCUGCAGGAACUGGAGGCAGAGCUUGGAGGAUUAUAUGUAGGAGGGUCACCAGACACACUGAGGUGGACAGAAUAAAGUGUAGCCUGAAGACUGACUGAUCUGAUGUCAGUUAACCUGGCAUUUACUUUCUUACUGGAGCUGAGAUUUGUGUUAGUUUUCUUAUUAUCAAUAAUGUUUCCACCAAAUUUCAGCUAAAAGUGGCUCAGCAGGUCCAAAAGGUAAAGACAUAUUUCGCUAACUGUGCAUCACAUUCAGAUGCUUUACAUCCACACUUGUAUGCCUAUUUCCAUAUCAUUUUUACUAAAAUGUCAGGACUGAAUUGUUCACUGUCCGUAAUGAGUGGGUCUGUGGUGCUGUCUUACAUGUUGGAAUAUUAAAACGUAUCGCAGUCUCCAAUACA